AUAUAUUUCAAGGGGGAGUUCAGAGAGUGGCUGUGGCCUGUGAGAUAUGAGCUACGAGUACAACGGUAUCUGGCCAGGCGGAGGCGCUUCAGGGAGCGGCAUGCAUACUCUUUUCAAAUACAGCAUACACCUUGGAUAAAUAUUGUGGGACCCAAUAUGGGGACCUGGCGCAAGCCGAAAGAAUCAAGGGACUUUUUUCUUGUUAAGGAGGCCGUCUGCCAGCCCUUCCACCGAUUUCAGCGAUACGCUAAAACCUAAUCAUACGUAGGGCGAAGAGUUUAGGACGUCUGUACCCACCCCGCAUGAUAAGCUCUGGAAGGAAAUCCAUUUGACCUUCAUUACCAGGGCUCAGAUGCUGCCAUGUCUUGCCAUCCAAUGUCUCCCGACCUUAUAUUGCUCUGGAUAAGCGUCCCUCAGUCGAACUCUGUCCUCUUCUCGAGCUCAAACGGCAUCGUCGUCUGGCGACGGACCAGCAUCUGGGACGAUCCCUGUACCGUAGGCGCCUCCACAUCCGGGGAAAUUUGCACAUGGAGUAAGCGGGUAUGUAAAGCUGUCAGACCAGUAGCGUCGAUAUGGAAAUCCACUCCGUCAUCCACGCCGCCCUAGGUACCUGCCCUCUGCGAAUCUCUCAAGUGACUUUUCUGGAUACGCAUCGCCCCGAGCCGAGGCCUCACCGUUUGGCAAAUCUAACCCAUCUUGCUCCGAGUGGUGCGUCCUGCUGCUCUCUAUCCUUACAGGUGCUUCACCGUUCACGUAGUAAAUAUCUUUGUGGUUCCGUUGUUGGGAUGAUUGGCUAGC